AUGACAACAGCAACCGCACCCACAUCGCCUGACCUGCCCAAUCUCGUCUCCAUCGAGUCGCCCGAGGAGUUCACAUCGACGAUGAAUGCCGACCUGGACCGUAUCAGCGUCCUCAACUUCUGGGCUCCUUGGGCCGAGCCUUGCCAACAGAUGAACCAGGUGAUCAAGGAGCUCGCAGCAAAGUACCCCAAGGUGUGGUUUCUCAGCGUCGAGGCAGAGUCGCAGCCUGACGUCUCUGAGUCAUUCGAUGUGGACUCGGUCCCUACCUUUGUCCUGCUGAGGGGACACACGCUCCUCUCGAGGGUGUCGGGGGCCAAUGCUUCGCUCCUUGCUUCUGCCCUCGCUUCACAUGCUGCAUCGGGAUCAUCGACUUCUACGAACGGUGGUGCUGCCAAUCAGCCGUCUUCAUCGACGACAUCGCAGCCCCGCGCCGCCCCCUCGACAUACCAGGGAGCAAUCGAAGGCUCCGUAGGCGACCAUUCCCUGCACAAGCCGCCGCAGAAUGAAACGGAGGAGGAGCUUUUUGAGAGGUGCAAGAAGAUCAUGAGCAGCAACAAGGUCGUCCUCUUCAUGAAGGGCAAUCCCGACCAGCCAAAGUGUGGCUUCUCGCAGAAGACCGUGGCCCUGCUCAAGAGCGAGGGCGUAGCGUUCGGCACCUUUGACAUCUUGCAAGACGAGGCUGUCAGACAGGGGAUGAAAAAGCUCAACGACUGGCCGACGUUCCCGCAGAUCUUUGUCGGUGGCGAACUCAUCGGAGGCCUCGACAUCCUCAAGGAGCAGAUCGAGACGUGA